AUGUAUCGAUUUAGGUGAGUAAAUAGUAAGUAAGAAAAUACAGAACACGGAGUUUUACCCUUAAAUGGAUUUUUGUUUUCUGCUUGGUUUUGUUGAAGAUAUGAAACAAACGAUGGACAGUUUCGUGAAGAGGUAGGAAUGCUGGUGAAUGUUGGAACACCGGAGCAAGAGCUGAUGGUGAUGGGACAGUACGGCUUCAAAAGCAAGGACGGUAGUACGAUGGUGAUGGUGAAGUACACGAGUGACAAAAAGGGCUAUCGAGCGCGCACAGUGACAAGAAGUGCACGAGAGGCUGAUCUAAGGAAUAAUAAAGCAUUCCUGUCACUCCUGAAGGGAUGAUCUUGAACAUCUGAUGGGUGAUCUUGAAACAAUUAAUUAGUAAUUUUAAGUUAUCAAAAUAUCAAACUACUCCAUUGGUUGUUGUAGUAACCACGAAGAAGCACUUCAACUUCAACAGAGUAAAGACAAAUACAAUGCUAUUGCAAUAUAAAUUAUCCAUUGCAUCUGUAACACAGCUGUCAUCGUAGAGUAAAAUGUAUCUGUGAGACAUCCCUGUU